GCGCUGCAAGGAGCUCAUCGACGAGGAGGAGCAUGUCAGAGGGUAUCGAUAUCGGCACGUUGUCCUAUCGCGGUUCGACAACAUGUGGCUGGAGCCCCAUCCACCGCUGCCGGACGGUCCGGGCUGCUGGAUCCCCUGGUACCGUGGUGGCAAUGACUGGGGCGGCUUCAAUGACCAUCACGCUUUCUGUGACCGACGAAGCGCGGAGGUCUACAUGACCGGUCGCUACGACUCCAUCACCGACACGGUGGCUCAGCGAAAGCUGAGGGAUUGGUACGAAAGCUGUGGGAAGUUCACGUAUCCGAAGAGCUUGAAUGUGGAGAAGCACAUCCGGUACAUCUUGGAGAAGGCUGGCGUCCCUGUGUUUCGGUUUCAUGGUGGUCCCUUCCGGAGCUGCGGCCGCACCAAAGGGGCUCCGGGUCCGGGAAAAGGCUGCGUGAUCGAGGAGGAGCUCGGGAUGCCAGCGAAGAGCAGCGGAGCUCAGCUGACAGACGCACUCGAGCGCCUUCGCUUGCAGACUGUCGCUGAGCCCCGGCAGCUGCCGCCGGCUGUGAAUCGCGCCGAUAGGGCGAGGUAUGAGCACCACCCCGCAUUCCACGAUUUCCAGAGCGGGCUUUGGCCGGUAACGGAGGAGUUCCUCUUCGACUGGACGGGCCUGCGUUGGCCCCGGAGCAUCUGCCGACGCGAGGCGACGGGUCCCCGAAGGAGUGAUCAUUGGAUGGCGGAACAGGAGAACUGGACGUGGCUCUGCCAGGUCAAUGUGGCCCACCUAAGUUACUUCUUGGCCAUCGUGGUCGGGGAGGCCGUUCUGAACAGUGAGGCGGAGAAACCUCGCCCAUUCGUCAUGGCGACAGCCGGGGCGAUGCUGGGGCACUGGGCAGCACGUGCAGGGAAACUCUCCCAGCGAAGGGCUCUGGGACCUCCGCAGAUCUUCGUCGCAGAGGAAAGCGAGGAGUGGUUCUGCAGCCUCCUCUGGGAAGUCUUUCUGGGCGAUUUGCAAUCACCUUCCCUUCACUGCGGCCCGCCAUCUUUGGCGUCGUUGUCGCAGUGGCUGGAAGAUCAGGCCCAUGUGGACCUCCUCCUGCUUACUUUCAGUGACCUCACCCUCGCUUGGCUCCGGGACUUUGCGGCCCCGCUGCGCGAGCGAGUGGAGGCCUUGGCGGUCGUGGACCUUUCGGUGGAGGAUAAAGGCCCCCUCCUCGAGCUCCUCGAUGGUUGGGUUUUGGUCCACGACUCGACCUGCCCGAACAGCUGUUUUGUACAGACCAGCUACGGACCGGUGGAGGUGCACAGAGGCACCAUCAUUGCCAGAUCCUCAGAGAAAGGCAACCUCUGGACAGCGGGAUGCAGAGGGUGUAGGUUUUGCUUUCCAAAGACUGGGCGGUUGAGGGCUGGAUUUUGCAAGGGCUCGAGUUUUCGAGUUUGGGUUUGCCUCGCGCCGAGGCGGAAACUUUCUCGGUCCCUCGAGAGACGAAGCUCUAAGACUACCGAUGCCUUGAUCCCGAGCAAUGCAUGUUCCGUCGCUAAACUCCUGAUUUGGCCUCUAGCCCUCAGCCUCCCGCAUAAACCGCUGAGCCCCAGACCCCGCAUCUAG